GACGCAUGCGCACAGUACCAAACCGACCACCGCCCGCGCGGCCGCGAUGCCCAUCGCAACGACGAUCGAUAACGAAACGCAAUUAAAACUAAACUAAAAACAACCAAAAACAAAACGCGCGACUAGUCGAACUCCUCAAAAAUUCAAAUUUCGAAUUUAUACUUUUUAAAUCUCACAACAAAUUGAGCAUAUGGCCAGUCCAAGGAUGUGAACUUUUUUUGUUUCUCAACAGUGCAAUGAAAUGUGGAUCUUAAGUGUAUAAGUGUAAAGUUCAGUUUUAAAGUGUUAAGGAUUAAAAUAAGUUUUUUAUUAAGGUAAGCCAUGUGGAGUAUACUUCUAGUCCUGGCGCUACUAGCGACCGCGCGCUCAAAACAGCUCCCGACUUCCACAGAGCUAUCGACAACAGCGAUAGCGAAAGCGACAGACGAGGACACAACGCCAUGGCCCGGCUCUCUCGCUCCUUUAGACACGCUAGCCGUCGCGUGCGAGCGGGACAGCAUGCAUGUCACCAUCACGCUGGCACCUAACUCUGUUUUUGGAGACAGCCUCUACGACACGUUCAACGGCAUAGUGUACCCAGCCGGUCUGGGCAGCAACUCCUCCUGCCUCCGGGAGUACGUGGCAGCGCGGGGAGACCUGCAGUACACCCUGCCUCUGAAGGGCUGCAACACAAUGUCCACGGAUAACGACGAUGGGACCGUAGAGUACUUCAACAACAUCAUAGUCCAGCCCCACCUCCGCCUGGUGACCGGGCAGGGUCGCGGCUACCACGUACGCUGCAGAUAUAGAAGAAGAGACUUGACACAGUUCCACAUCUACCCUAGGGCCUCAGCGCUUAGCUCCAACACUCUUGAAGAACAGUUUAAUUUCAGAGAGGAUUUCGACGAGGACUCUGGUCUGCUGCCAUCCGUUACGAUGAAGAUUUACAAAGGGGACCCGAAAGAUAAACAGGUGGCGUCCAACGUGCGGAUCGGCGACACGCUAACCCUCGUGGUGUCUCUAGAGAAACAGAAACGCUUCGGUCUCCUCGUUUCCGAGUGCUCCGUGAGAGACGGCCUGGGCUGGGCCGAGCAGAGCUUGAUAGCUGAUGACGGUUGCCCGUUAGACGGCGAUAUAAUGGGCAUGUUCCAAUACGGCGACGAGCGACAGGACGCACGCGUGUCGUUCCCGGCACACAAGUUCCCGUACACCGCCAGCGUGUAUUACACAUGCGAAGUGAAACUUUGUGAUUUGAACCACCCCACCGACUGCGAGCCGUGCUCUCACAAGCGGCGCGUGCGCCGGCAAGAAGAAGGAUCGCCGGCCACUGUGGAGGUGUUCUCCGGACUCUAUGUGAACGAACAAGACUCGCUUGACAGCGAGGAGGUUAUUAGUGAGAAGAAAGACGACGAGAUCUGCAUAUCGCAGCGCAACUUCGCCAUAGGUAUCUGCAUCGCCGGCGUGAUCCUCAUGGCUUGCGUCAUCGCCGCCAUUGCUUGCAUCCUCGCGCGCAGGCGCGGCAAGAGCCAUUCCGGUAGCUCGCUGUAUAGUGGCCCUUACACUAAUACUGGAUAUUCACAUGCUAGCUAGAUGACUUCAUACUUCCAAACUGUACUUCAUGUUUGCUUCCGUUACAGUCUCCCCCUGUAUUUUUAAGUUUUUAACAGUAUCGUAGAAAGUAAAUGUUUUCUUCUUUCGCAAUUGGUUACGAAAUUUCGGUUUCGUAUGCGGCCGAAGAGAUAUUAAUUUCGCAAAUCAAGGUAGUGAGCUCAAACCUCCUUGCUUGGCACUAAAAUAAACAAUUAUAAUGAUUUAGAAAGUAAAUGCAAAAAGGGUCAGUUUAACUCUGAAAAUGAGAGUGAGACGUACUUCUUGUUUGCAAUUCUAAGGAAUUUGACAAAAAUGUCAAACAUAGGAAGUGUUCUAAAGUGGGAGGCUGUAACGAAGCUAAUAGAAAGAGGAAAAUGUUUAAUUGUUUAAACAAAACAUCACAAAAGUGCCCGUUAUCAGUAUAAGUAUUAAAACUAUUAUAUAUAGGAAGUGCCACGAAAAAAAAAAUUAAGUGAAACAAAGGAAUAAAAUGUCGGAUAAACUUAUAGGGAGGUUGUAGCAAUACCAAUUAAAUUAUUAUUCGUGCUCAUGUCAUUACUGUGAAGGCAUAUUGGCAACCUCCAACACUAUCGAGUAAAAAGUUUACAAUUAAGUGCUAUUUCAUAACUUCUUAGUGUAAAAACUUUUGAAUUAUGUUUACAAAAAGAAGUUGUGCUUAAAUAGUCUUGUGAAAUAAAUACAAAAUAACAUUAAAUCACAAUUUAAACGCUUUUGUCGGUUUCAAAGACAUCGAAUAAAUUAGAUAGUGGAUAGUCGGGUUGAGAAACGAAUUAAUAAUGUAAUAUUAAAAUAAAAAUAGGUGUUCCUUAUAAAAAAAAUUGCGAUAUUUUUUCGCAAUAUGUUAUGUUUAGCAACAUUUUUUUAAUGUAUUCAUAUUAUUAUCAUAUCUCGUGUUCUAAGCAUUGGCCAACAAUGUGAUAGUCAAAAAACAACGAAAUUUCGAAAGACCUUUUAAAAUAAAGUUUGUGUAAUUGGUGUCAAUAAUGUCACGUUCGUAACCAUGCAGUUACAAUCGUAUUAUUACUGUUUCGUAACUGAUUACGAAAAUUCGAAAAAUUUCCUUUACUUUAGAAAUAUAUGUUGAUCUAAUGUAGGAACACCUCAUUCAGUCAUACUUAGCAUAAGUUUAGUUUUACAAAUAUGUAUUUAGCAGUACCAUGGAAUUUAGAUAUUUAUGUUGUGAUAAUGAUAUCGAAUCCGUCCUGUAGCAAUAUUUUAGUUGCAAUCAUUCUCAUUUACAACGUAACGUUUUACUAUAACAUUUAAUAUCUAUAUUAAGUCAAAGUUGACUUGAGUAAUUAUUUAAUUUUGUAUUUUCUUAUAACCAGGGACUUGUCAUAUAGGCCAGUUUUGCAUAAUUAUGUGCAAAUAGGGCCUUUUACCUCCAAGGUGGUGGGAUACUUUCCUUUUUAAAGUGUUUCAGCGACUCAUUCACGGUAACUGAAAGGUUUGAAUUAUUGUUUUUCUACUACGAACAAAUAACUAUAACUAUAUUUGCAAUUUAUGCUAAGCGAGUACUGAAAUACUUAAAAACUUUUCUUCUCUAUAAUUUUCAGCCGUUUUAAAUAAAUUGUGGAUGCCAUAUUCCUUAAGUUAUCAUUAAGUCCUUAUAUGCCAUUUAAGUGAUGAUUGGUGCUAAAACUUAUUCUUUAUUCACACUUAUUUUAAUAUAUGACAGAACAAAAAACUCGUUUACACAAUUAUAAUAAUUAACGUUAUUUUCUUUUGUAGAUCCAAAAUAAACAAUUUCGUAACUGGUUACGAAAUACAAAAACGACUUGUAUAAUAAAUAGUUUUGUCUUAUAUUGAAAUAAGUAGUAAAUUGCUGCUUAUCCUGUGUAUCUGUGUACAAGAAUGAUUAUUAUCGGUAUGUGUUUCAUACUUACCUCAUUGUGUACUAAUCCCGAUCUUAACUAGAUUUUAAAGACAAUGGGGUUCUGGAACCAUAUCGGCAUGAGACUGUAUGCAAUAUUUUUUUAACAAAUAUACUGACUUAAUUAAAA